UCCCGCGCAGGUGCAGACGUACCGUACAUAUCAGAGACAUUCCCCAGUCUAGACGCAUCAGCCUCAGACAUACAGCGUCCCCAACUGCAAGAGACACCCUCCUUUGUCUCACUCAUCAGCACAGCAAAUCUUUGACUGAAUGUCUGACGACAUCGUCCGACGCUCUCCAUCCGACAUGCGCACCAUCUCCAGUGCCUCCAGUACCGCAGACAUGAGCGACGACCGCCGUCUACCACCCCUACCACGGGUGGAGCCUUUGCCCCGGGGACCUUUCAACCCCUUCACUUCCAACAUUUUUGCUCCUAGUCCGCCUACGUCACACGAAACUUUCCCUGUCAGGUCCCCUUGGCCAUCGGCGGAGCAUAUGGUGGCACCUCCAUCCCCGGCGACCUCCGCUGAUAGCUCUUGGCCGGAGCCUUUGCCUUCGCAGAAAGUUCUCGAGUGGCACCAGGAGCUCUCUCACAAUGAAAUCCUGAGUCUGAUCAUGCCUAAACACAUCAACCGCAAGCCACCACUGCAGCAACUGUGUGGCCGUAAGCGGAAGGGAAACAUGAUUUCGGCGGACUCGGACGAGCAGAGGGAGAAGCACAGAAUUGCUGAGGGUAACCGCCGCAAGAACCUCAGCCAGUUGCACCGCGAACUCGACAGUCGCCUCCACGAUUUCUUCCUUGAGCGAGCAGGUUGGAAUCCAUCCAAGAGUCUCCCCGAAUCGAAAGAGCAUAUUGUGCAGGCCGCCAUAUUUCUCAUCGACUUCAUGCUUGUGAUCAUUAUUCAUCUGAUCCACCAGGAAAAUGAACCGCCGCGUCACCUUUCGAAAAAGCUGCAGACCCAACUCCGUUGCAUGCAGCUGCAGCAAACAGUGUCCCAUCUACAGCAACAGAAUCAGAGCCUUCAACAACAAGUCAAGACCCUGAAGCAAGAGAACCAGAUGUUGGAAGAGCGCAAUCAGACGCUUGAGUUUCAGCUGAAGACGUAUGAGCACAUGUUCCGCACCUCCAAGAGCGAGCACAUGGCCCCUCAGCCGAUGCCAAAUCCAGCAGAGCCCAAGCCACGGAACAUGCUCCCUGGCUUGAGGGUGUUCUGUGACGAGAUUGCUGUCAAUGGCCCUGAGUCUCGGUUGGAGCACAUUCCCGCUGCAGCAACGCAGUCAUUUGGCCACUCUUACCCGGGUAACACUCCCCCCGUCACCGGCCCCUCGUCACCGAUGUUCACUCAGGCAUCUUACUCGGUACCGGCAUCACGACGCCCAUCGCUCAACCCGUCGCCCUGAUCGACUUGAGCGCGCCGCGCCAACGAACAGCUGCGAGCGCUGCACUCAGCAGUCAAAUCUUGAAUUGCAAAUAGAGCUUGGUACAUAC